AUGGCAGGGCUUGCGGCCAUUGCUGCCGCCGGCGUGGGAGCUCGCAUCCCCGCGCGCAGCAGCACCGCCACCGUCGUCGGCCUCACGGGCGGCAUCGGCAUGGGCAAGAGUUCCGCGGCCGCGUGGUUCCGCAGGUGUGGCUUCCGCGUGCACGACGCCGACGCGACGGUGCACUCGCUGUACGCAGCGGGCGGCGCGGCGGUCGAGCCGGUGUGCGCCGCCUUCCCGAGCGCGCGCGGCGCCGACGGAGGCAUCGAUCGCGCCGCCCUCUCGGCCGCCGUCGCCACCGCCGGCCGCGAGGCGUCGCUGCAGCGGCUAGAGGAGAUCGUGCACCCGCUUGUGACGGAGGAGCGGGCGGGGUUCGUCCGGCGGGCGGGGGAGGAGGGCGAGUGGCUUGUCGUGGUCGAC